CUGGGAGCCGCUGGAGUGGUUUGUAAGCGGGUCGCGCGUCUCUGCUGUGCAUAAAGCCGCCCACUGCGUAAUUGCGCUGGCGGGAAGGAGAGCCUGUGGUGAGGGGUACAGUGCUUUACAGUUUAGAUUCACUUGAGAUAGCGAAGGAGCCCGGAUUGCGUCAGAAUUUCAUUUGAAAACCAAAACCUUUGAGCAAUUUGAUGAUUAUGGCAUCAAGAAACGUCUGGAGUAUAGGAAGGAACUUCCUCUUUGGUUCAAGAGAUUGGAUGAUCCAAUACUCAGCAGAAAUUUUCAUCAAAUCAAUUCCAUUUAGGCCUUUUACUGUGAAAUGUGACAGUCACGGAGAGCCUUUGGAGAAUGAGGAUCUACUGAACAACUUACUCACCAUGGGAGUUGAUGUUGAUAUGGCAAGGAGACGACAGCCUGGAGUUUUUAACAGGAUGACUACAAAUGAGCAGGAGCUGAAAAUAUUCCUUCUAUCCAAAGGAGCCAGUGACAAAGUGAUUGGUAAUAUCAUAUCAAGAUACCCACGAGCCAUAACACGCAAUUCCGAAGGUCUUUCAAAACGGUGGGAGCUGUGGAGAAAGAUUAUGGGAUCAGACAUUGAAAUUGUAAAUAUUUUGGAGCGUUCUCCUGAAUCCUUUUUUCGUUCUAAUAACAACCUAAACUUAGAGAAUAAUAUAGAGUUCCUCUGCUCUGUUGGAUUGACUAACAAAAGCCUCUGCCGACUGUUGACCAGUGCUCCUAGAACCUUCUCCAAUAGCCUGAAUUUGAAUAAACAAAUGGUUGAAUUUUUGCAGGAGACCAGUAUGUCCUUAGGUCACCAUGAUCCCAGAGAUUUUGUAAGGAAGAUACUUUCUAAAAAUCCUUCCAUCUUGAUUCAGAGCACCAAACGGGUAAAAACUAACAUUGAAUUUUUACAGUCAACUUUCAACUUAAACAAAGAGGACCUGCUGCUUCUGAUAUGUGGCCCAGGAGCUGGAAUCCUGGAUCUUUCCAAUGACUGUACCAAAAGAAACUAUGCAAAUAUCCAAGAGAAGCUGUUCUCUCUUGGAUGCACUGAUGAGGAGGUACAAAAGUUUGUUUUAAGCUAUCUGAACAUGAUCUUCUUGUCAGAGAAAAAGUUUAAUGGUAAAAUAGACUGCCUCAUGGAAGAAAAAGUCCGUAUUUCACAAAUAAUUGAAAAUCCUAGAGUUUUGGAUGCAAGUAUAAAUACUUUAAAAACUCGAAUGAAAGAGUUGGUACGUGCUGGGUAUGACUUGAGUUCAUCAAACAUUGCUCUCCUGUCCUGGAGUCAGAAAAGAUAUAAUGCCAAAUUGAAAAGAUUAAAUGGAUAGGACAGUGUUGGAGGAGACUUAGGGAAUCCUAAGUUUAAUGGUACUUUCAGUUUGGACCAUUCAAAAUGAAAGUUUUAUUUUUUUUAAAUAAAUAUUUAAUAAAUGUUUAAGAUUACA